GCUGCGUUCCACCGCGGAAGCCGCCCUGUACUCUCCCUGUCAGCCGUCAGGGCCUCGCUCCGUCUCCUGAAGAGAAAAACUGUGAUUUUUCUCUCUUUUUUUCCAGCUCACCUGCUUCGUUUGGGCACCUGAGGUCUCGGCUUUGUGAUUCCGGACAUCAAAAUGCUCUCACCGAGGUUUCUGUUGCUGCGGUCAGCCGCGUCCUUCACAAGGAGGUCGUUCUGCACGGGAGGGGCGCUGAGGCAGGACAAGGCGGGCAGAACACCCGACAUGGUCGAGGGAAAUCCACUGUUUCACGUAUCAAAUGUGCGAAACAGGCUGAGAGAAAUCGUGGGAGCUUCCACAAACUGGAGCCACCAUCAGCAGGCCAUGGCAGACCGCGCAUCUCUGUCCUCCAUGUUGGCCACGUCUCAGAACGAUCUUCCAGCCAAGAGGAUGAAGGACAGCUACCUGGAGGUCCACCUGCCGCUGGGCUCUGAGCCACAGCUCAGAGAGAAGUACCUGACCUACCACAACACCGUCAGGUUUGGCAGAAUCCUCGAGGACUUGGACAGUUUAGCAGUCCUCAUCUCUUACUCUCACACCUACAACCCAGAAGUAAAGAGGUCUCCUCUCUCUAUUGUCACCGCCCUGGUGGACAAAAUCGACAUGAGGCAGCACGUCAUCUACCCCGACAGUGACAUCAAGUUCACAGGUCAUGUGACGUGGGUGGGGAAGUCAUCCAUUGAAGCCAAGAUGCACAUGUCACAGUACCGAGACGGCGCUUACGUCUCCGUUCUGGACGCUACAUUUGUCAUGGUGGCCCGAGACCCGGGAAACAAGAGAGCAGCGUUUGUAAACCCGCUGAAGCCUGAAGGGCCCGAGGAAGAAAAACUCUUCCAGGAAGGAGAAGCUAAUAAAUCCCGCCGUGUGGAGCUGAGCACUGCGUCGCUGCUGAAGGUCGCUCCCACAGAUGAGGAGAGGAAGGUCGUUCACAGCAUCUUCCUCAACACCUUGGACACCAACACGGUCAGCUUCCGCAGCAGAGUCCUGCCUCCAAACUCGGUGUGGAUGGAAGAUGCCAAACUGAAAGGACUGGAGAUCUGCCAUCCUCAGGAGAGGAACAUCUUCAACAGGAUAUUUGGAGGUUUUCUGAUGAGGAAAGCUUACGAGCUCGGCUGGGCCAACGCCUGCUCCUACGGGGGAUGUCGGCCGAGUCUGGUGGCGGUCGAUGAUAUCCUCUUCCAGAAGCCCGUGGAGAUCGGAUCUUUGCUGAUGCUCUCAUCGCAGGUGUGUUACACACAGGGGAAGUACAUCCAGGUCAGAGUUCACAGCGAGGUGUUCGACCCGCUGACCUGUCAGCACAGCACCACCAACAUCUUCCACUUCACCUUCACCUCAGACCGCGACGUCCCCAACAUCAUACCCAAGACGUACGGAGAGUCGAUGCUCUACCUGGACGGGAAGAGACACUUUGACCAAACUGUGGAGUCCUGAGAGAUCAAAUCCAUUACCUGCCGAAGCCUUUCAGCAUCCAGACGCUCCGAGUCGCUGGGAAUGAAUGAAUGUGGUUCUUCCAUCCUUUUUAUAUCACGGUUUCUUAUCUUUAAACAGCCCACACAGACACUUUGUUUCAUGUUACAUGUUUGCUGCACUGCAGCAGAACAAAAAGAAACUUUUUUCUGUUUGUUUAUAUUUUGUCCUCUUAUUAGUUCUCUCUGUUGUAAUAAUCAGCGUUUACAGCCUCUCGUCAUGUGUGACUGGAGAAACUGAGGUUAAAGCUCCAGCCCUUGACUUCUCAUCGCCUCAUAACCUCAUUUACUCCUGACUCAGUGUUACAGUACAGCAUGUUACGGUUUUAUAGCUCACUGUGGCUUAGACGCACAAACUGUUAAAUUGAAUCCAAAGCUUCAGAAGAACCAGUGUAUCAUUUUUCUUGCCUUAAGUUGUGUAUUUACUCAAAUGCAAUAAAAAAAAAAAGUAUUAUUUAUCUCGACUUUA